AUGUGCAAUAACGUCUCGUACCUGCAGAGUCUAAGUGCACCUCUGGCAGCGAGCGACAGUGUUUCAUUUUCAUCCGACACCUCUGGGAGCAUGCAGGACGACGAGAACGAAGUUGAAGUGACCGCGUAG